AUGACCGCUUCUUCCGCUUCCCAAGGCUCUCCGCUGCUGCGCAUCGCGCGGAAUGUCCUAAACCUAGGAACCAUCGGUCUAGCUUACGUUCUGAUAGAGUUCGUCUGCACGCGCACAGACUGGCUUCCCCCGCGCAUCGCGGCGAAAUUCCCGUUGGCUCUAUGGGCGUUCCUCGGAAUUGUCGGCGUCGUUCAGAGCCAGCGUUACCGGCAUUUCGCGGAUGAGUUUCGCAACGUGCCCAAGUUCCUGGCGUGCCUCGGAUUUAUGCUGCUUGCUUUCGUCGUGGAGGUGAUUGCGGUGCAGUUCGUCACAGUCGUUCUCGGCCUCGACUGGCACAAAACCGUCACGUCUCUCCCUGACACGGGCCAGUGGAUUUUCCUCGGCCUCAACAACCACCUCCCCGCGCCCCUCACCGCGAUCCUCCGCGCGCCCAUCGUGGAAAUGCAUGAUUUCAUCAUGCUCUUUAUGCUGCUCGCCUUCUCCGUUCUCGUCGGCGCGAUUCCCGGCCCGGGCAUGGCGCUCGGCUCACGCUACGUCUUCAGCAUCGGGCUGAGCCGAAUUUUCCGCGUUGCCACGUUUGCGUCUACGAUUCUGCCCGCGCCGCGGCCGUGGUGUGCGGAGUCGCGGUUUGGAGACACGUGUCCCCGGCACCCGCAUCCCUGGGCGGCCAAGUACCUGACGCCGUAUAGCGACAAUCCCGACCUGUUGCAUCAGCUGAUUUCCACGGAUACUGCUUUUGCGGCCUCCCCAGUCGUUUCGCCCAAGUUCUGCUCAGUUUCUGCUCGGACUUUGGGUGUGCUGGAGGGGCUGGUGGCCCUCCUGCCUCCCAUGGACCCAGCUAUCCUUAUGAGCUAUCCGCCCGAGUUCCGCCCUGACUGGGGCUCGCUGCAAUUUCUGGUGGACUUCUUGCGUCCCAUGGACGCCCGCGUUCAUGACGGUGCUGCUGCCUCCUCUGGAGCUUUCAGCAGCUUCGUCGUCCGCCCCUACGGUGGCUGCAACGACCUUGCCUUCAGUGGUCAUAUCGUCGUUGCAGCGCUCACGGCUUGCGCCUGGCAGGAGGCUCACCGAGGGUGGGGGUCUGCCAUGGUGUGGGUGCUGGUGAUGCACGCCGCUCAAAGGGACAUCCGAGAGAGAUCGCACUACUCGGUUGAUGUCAUUAUCGCUCUCUACCUCGCUCCACUCCUCUGGCAAAUCACCCGGUUCCUUUGGUCCCGGCCCGCUCCCCCUCCGUCCCGAAAAAAGCUUAUGGGAUUGGCUCUUGCUGAUAGAGAGGCUGAGCUGGUUAAGGCUGUUAAGGAGGGGGAUCUUGAUAGGGUGAAAUGGACGGUUGAGAUGGCUCGGCGUGAGGCGGAUGCGAAGGAAAAGGGGGGAGAGGUGGAGGGAGGUGUGGAAGCGGGGAACGCGGAGAGGCGUACCGUUACGCAGCGGUAUUUGGCUCACCUCGGAACUGUGCUGAUUUUGACCAUGUUGGGGGUGGUUCUGGUGGCGAUUCUGGUGUCGGAUGAAGGGCAUAAGGCUGUUCUUGAAAAGAAGUAG